GCUCCAUCUAUUUGUCUGAUGAUGAGAUCAUCACCCCGUUUUUAUUUGCUUUAGUGGUCAUGAGCUCCAUUUAUUAGUGCUCAACAACCUGCAUUUCUUGAAUAUUUCCUUGAGAAAACGAGAUGCCGACGUCGACGGUGGCCAUUACGUUGAACCUGGGAUGCAGCCGCUGCAGAACCAAGAUCCAGAAGAUCCUCUGCUGCCUCCAAGAACGAUGCGGGUUCGUCUUUGACAAGGUGGAGUACGACAAGGACAAGGUGCUCAUUUCCGGGACCUUCGACGCCAUAGACCUCUGCUGCAAGCUCCGGUGCAAGGCCGGAUGUUUCGCAACCAAAAUUGAGAUUGUGCCCCCGCCAAAGAAGGAGAAAACACCACCACCACCGCCUCCGCCUCCGCCUCCGCCCACCGAGCCAGAACUGUGCAAAAAGCUAAUCCCAUACCCAUGUCCAUACCCAUACCCAUGUCCAUACCCAUAUCCUUGUCCGUGCCCGUCCCCAUGCCCAAACCCGCAGCCAACGUGUCCACCCAGUUGCGCCACGCCGCGCUCCUGCCGGUGCCACUCCUGCAGGCCGCCGCCACCGCCGCCAUGUCCGACACCACCACCACGGCCGCCAUGUCCGGCACCACCACGGCCAUGUACGCCUCCGGUGUGCAACAAGUGCCCGACAUGGACGCCGUGCCAGUGCCGCGGCUACCCGUGGGUCGUCUGCUGCGAGGAGAAUCUACCACCCGACCCCUGCGUUAUCAUGUAAUUGCAAACUGCGCUGCCGCUGCAUGCAGGCGGGCGGCAACUGCAACCUCAUCACCCUGCCAUUCCUACGCAAUUGUGAAGCAUGUGCCGGUGCAUAAAAGAUCAGUGAAAAGGCCUCUCAAAGAAAUAAAAGAAAGUCAGUGAUGAAAGUGUUCCGUAAGAUUGACAUAUGGGUUGAUUUCUUUGUACCAAGAAUCACGGCUGCUUCUGCAGUCAUCAUUCAUCUAUCAGCUGCAAACUUGACUCGAGUAUGUGUGUGUCUUCGUUAUUGUUGUACAUGAAAAAGAAUAAAUUUAUGCUUCUUAUUUGUCA